AUGAAUGGAGUCACGAAUAUCACCGGUAUCGCUAUACCACCUAUCCCUGAUGAUAUAAUAGAAGAUCCGACGAUUAUUUCCACAAGCAUCCACAACAUUGAAAGCACGGCAACCGUGACUAUUGCAAACAUCAGAACAACAACCACUACUCUCAGUCCAUCUGUCUCUCUACAAGCUUCUUCCGACUCCUCUCGCAGAACAAGUCCAGCCGUGAUCGCUGGCAGUGUCAUUGGAUCCUUAGCUUCUGUUGCUGUACUCGUUUUGGUUUUCGUCCUCUGGCGAAGAAGAGAACGUCGUAACAGGGCUAAUAGCAAUGCCAGCGAUGAUAUUGGCCUCGGAACGACUUCCGCUCCCAAUCCAAUCAUCACUCCCGCUUUAACAUCCUCUACACAGGCCGGAUCCCGCCAAUCCUUCACAUCCGAGUCAUCGAGAAGACUAUCUUGGUCUUCUCGGCUUGCAUACGAAGACGAGAUCGAGCGGCUACAAGAGGAGAAUUUGUCUCAGAGAAAUCAGAUCAGGUACCUGGACGAACAGCUGGAGUUCACGUACAGAGCAUCCCCACCACCACCCUCUUACCGCUCGCGUAGGAGUGAAAUUUCGGAUCGUUUUGUCUCGCCACAAUAUUGGAUGUGA